UGAAAAGUUAAGUUGGUCAGAGAGGCAGACGCGCUGCAGUGAAGACAAGUCUCCGUGUUUCUGAGAGAAAAGUCAAAGUGACGUCAUCAGGUGUUCCUCAGCAACACAGCAGAGUCUCUUGAGAACACAGACAUGGCUUCUGCAAACUAUGGUCCAUCUGAAGAUCAGUUCCUGUGCUCCAUCUGUCUGGAUGUGUUCACUGAUCCAGUCACCACACCAUGUGGACACAACUUCUGCAUGAACUGCAUCAAUGAACACUGGAACACCAGCAACCAGAACCUGUGUCCAAUGUGUAAGAAGGACUUCACCACCAGACCUGAUUUGAGGGUCAACACCUUCAUCUCUGAGAUGGUUGUUCAGUUCAGACAGUCCACUCAGCAGAAAGCCAGCAGCAGCAGCUCAGAGCAACAAGAGUCCAAACCAGGAGAAGUUCCCUGUGACGUCUGCACUGGAACCAAAGUGAAGGCCCUCAAGUCCUGCCUGGUGUGUCUGGUCUCCUACUGUGAGACUCACCUGGAGCCUCAUCUGACUAUGUCAGGUCUGAAGAGACAUCAGCUGAUGGACCCUGUGGAGAACCUGGAAGGCAGGAUGUGUACGAAGCACGAUAAACCUCUGGAGCUGUUCUGUAAGAGCGACCAGACGUGUGUCUGCAUGCUCUGCACUGUUUUAGACCACAAGAUGCAUGAUGUUGUUCCUCUGGAAGAAGAAUAUGAAGAAAAGAAGGUCCAGCUGAAGAAGACAGAGGCUGAAAUUCAGCAGAUGAUCAAGAAGAGAAGACUGAAGAUUCAGGAGAUCAAACACUCGGUGGACCUCAGUGAGAAAGAUGCAGGCAGAGAGAAAGCAGAAGGUGUUCAGGUCUUCAGUGAUCUAAUGGAAUCUGUUAGAAGAGGCUUGAAGGAACUCCUCAAAACAAUAGAAAAGAAGCAGGAAACCACAAAGAAACAGGCUGAAGCUUUCAUCAGAGAGCUGGACCAGGAAAUCUCUGAGCUGAUGAAGAGGAGCGCUGAGGUGGAGCAGCUCUCUCUCUCUGAAGACCACCUCCAUCUUCUCCAGUCCUUAAAAAUCCAUCAGCUACCACCCACCAAGGACUGGACAGAGGUCAGUAUUUGUCCUUCAUAUGAGUGGACUGUGGAGAGAGCUGUGUCUCAUCUGGAGGAGACACUCAGUGAAAAGAUGAAGAAGGUGUUUGCUGAGCUGAAGAUGGUCCAGAUGUUUGCAGUGGAUGUGACUCUUGAUCCUGAGAGGAAACUCAUCCUGUCUGAUGAUGGGAAACAAGUGAAACAUGGUGAUGUGAAGAAGAAUCUCCCAAACAACCCAAAGAGAUUUUCUAGUUGGUUCUGUGUUUUAACAAAGCAGAGUUUCUCUUCAGGCAGAUUCUACUUUGAGGUUCAGGUUGAAGGAAAGACUGAGUGGUAUUUAGGAGUGAUCAGAGAGUCUGUCACCAGAAAAGCAUUCAGCUCAUGGAGUCCUCAGAAUGGUUACUGGAUUCUAUGUUUGGAAAACGGAAAUGAAUACAAAGCUCUUGAUGAUCCUCCAGUUGUUCUCUCUGUGAAGUCUGGUCUUCAGAAGGUGGGGGUGUUUGUGGACUAUGAGGAGGGUUUGGUCUCCUUUUAUGACGUAGAAGCUGCAGCUCUCAUCUUCUCCUUCACUGGCUGCUCCUUCACUGAGAAACUCUUCCCGUACUUCUGUCCUGGUCAUAAUUACAAAGGUAGAAACUCUGCUCCUCUGAUCAUCUCUCCUGUCGGAGUGAACUACAUGGCUUCUGCAAACUAUGGUCCAUCUGAAGAUCAGUUCCUGUGCUCCAUCUGUCUGGAUGUGUUCACUGAUCCAGUCUCCACAUCAUGUGGACACAACUUCUGCAUGAACUGCAUCAAUGAACACUGGAACACCAGCGACCAGAACCUGUGUCCAAUGUGUAAGAAGGACUUCACCACCAGACCUGUUUUGAGGGUCAACACAAUGUUCUCUGAGAUGGUUGUUCAGUUCAGACAGUCCACUCAGCAGAAAGCCAGCAGCAGCAGCUCAGAGCAACAAGAGUCCAAACCAGGAGAAGUUCCCUGUGACGUCUGCACUGGAACCAAAGUGAAGGCCCUCAAGUCCUGCCUGGUGUGUCUGGCCUCCUACUGUGAGACUCACCUGGAGCCUCAUCUGACAGCUUCACGCCUGAAGAGACAUCAGCUGAUGGACCCUGUGGAGAACCUGGAAGGCAGGAUGUGUACGAAGCACGAUAAACCUCUGGAGCUGUUCUGUAAGAGCGACCAGACGUGUGUCUGCAUGCUCUGCACUGUUUUAGACCACAAGAUGCAUGAUGUUGUUCCUCUGAAAGAAGAAUAUGAAGAAAAGAAGGUCGAGCUGAAGAAGACAGAGACUGAAAUUCAGCAGAUGAUCCAGAAGAGAAGACUGAAGAUUCAGGAGAUCAAACACUCGGUGGACCUCAGUGAGGAAGAUGCAGGCAGAGAGAAAGCAGAAGGUGUUCAGGUCUUCACUGAUCUGAUGGAGUCUGUUGGAAGAGGCUUGAAGGAGCUCCUCAAAACAAUAGAAGAGAAGCAGGAAACCACAAAGAAACAGGCUGAAGCUUUCAUCAGAGAGCUGGACCAGGAAAUCUCUGAGCUGAUGAAGAGGAGCGCUGAGGUGGAGCAGCUCUCUCUCUCUGAAGACCACCUCCAUCUUCUCCAGUCCUUAAACAUCCAUCAGCCACCACCCACCAAGGACUGGACAGAGGUCAGUGUUUGUCCUUCAUAUGAGGGGACUGUGGUGAGAGCUGUGUCUCAGCUGAAGGAGACACUCAGUGAAAAGAUGAAGAAGUGGUUUACUGAGCUGAAGAGGGUCCAGAUGUUUGCAGUGGAUGUGACUCUUGAUCCUGAAACAGCUUAUCCUUAUCUCAUCCUGUCUGAUGAUGGGAAACAAGUGAAACUUGGUAAUGUGAAGAAGAAUCUCCCAAACAACCCAAAGAGAUUUUAUAAUGGGUUUUGUGUUUUAACAAAGCAGAGUUUCUCUUCAGGCAGAUUUUACUUUGAGGUUCAGGUUGAAGGAAAGACUCAGUGGUAUUUAGGAGUGAUCAGAGAGUCUGUCAACAGGGAGGGAAACACCUCACUGAGUCCUCAGACUGGUUACUGGGUUACAUGUUUGCUUAAUGGAAAUAUAUACAAAGCUCUUGAUGAUCCUCCAGUUGAUCUCUCUGUGAAGUCUGGUCCUCAGAAGGUGGGGGUGUUAGUGGACUAUGAUGAGGGUGUGGUCUCCUUUUAUGACGUAGAAGCUGCAGCUCUCAUCUACUCCUUCACUGGCUGCUCCUUCACUGAGAAACUCUUCCCGUUCUUUGAUCCUGGUCAUAAUUACAAAGGUAGAAACUCUGCUCCUCUGAUCAUCUCUCCUGUCAAAGUAAAAGUGAUGAUUUCAUUAAUUAAAGGGAAUAAAUGUACAUUUUUUGUAUGAAUACUGUUUGUUUUUCUAUUAUUUUCAUGAUCCUUAUGGAGAAUUUCUAUUUCAACCUUUUGAAUCCAGACUUUUUUAUUUUCACUAAAUAUCCAAAGCUGAAACUUUGACUUUAAAUGAAUUAGAAAAACAAAUCAUAUCUGAUGUCUAUCAUAUUGUCAUAUUAUAUUUUUCAUUAUGUCCACAGGAUACACUUUGUUAUUGUUAAACUGCAUAAAAGGUCAAUGGACAAAGUGAGUUAAUAAUAUAGAAUCAAAUGUUUCUUGGUGAGAAAAGUGGUUUGAAUAAUUAAAGACCACUUUGUGAAUAUUUGUAAGAUGACUUAAAACAAAGAUUGUUUAAUUUGAUUUUGUUGAUGAACAAGUUACUUUUGCCUUAUAAAUAACUUGAGAAUCAAACACUGCUCUCGUCGGGGCUCUUACUUUGUCAGCUUGGAAUCGUUUGUGCCGACAAAACUGUCUUUGUUUGUUCUCCAAAAGUUCUGCUUCCUUAACGUUUCAAUUUCAUAACAACAUCCAAGGGAGUAAAAGUUCUCUUUAAUUCUUUGAAUCUUCAGACUCGCCAAAUGAGUCCUGGUUUCUUUGCUGGUCAGACUCCUGUCGUCUCUCGUUCAGAUUGUCCAAGCAUUUCGAGAUGUUCAUUGAUGGGGCUCUAGUUGGU